AUGAGGCAACAUCUCGCCUUCACCAUGCCCGGAGUCAAGACCUCAACCUUGUGGACAAAGUCCAAAACCGACCUCAAUAAACAACUCGAGGAGCUCAAGCAGGAGCUUGCAAACCUUCGUGUUCAGAAGAUCGCCGGUGGUGCUUCAUCCAAGCUUACAAAGAUCCAUGAUGUUCGCAAGUCCAUCGCCCGCGUCUUGACCGUCAUCAAUGCUACCCAGCGUCAACAACUUCGCAUCUUCUACAAAGGGAAGAAAUACCUGCCUCUCGAUCUCCGCCCCAAGCAGACCCGCGCUAUUAGGAGGAGGUUGACCAAGCACGAGGCGGGAUUGAAGACUCUGAAACAGCAGAAGAAACUUACGCAUUUCCCUAAGAGGAAAUACGCUAUCAAGGCAUAAGCGUGUUUUUCCUUUUUUCUGCUUUGGAUGUUCAAAACUGGGUGGUUUAAAAAAUACAACUUGGUUCACUUGGGCGAGCGGCUUCUCUCCUUUAUGGCCAUGUCAUGGGCGUCAAUUUUUUCCCCUUUUACAACAAAUACAAACCCGAAUAUACAUGAGGGCUUCCAAAUGUGCGUAGGGUGGUUUUAGUUUUCUUUGGUGUCAGAUCUUUUGUUAGUGACUCUUACCAAAAAAAACCUUGUAAUCUUA